AUGAUUAUCCAAUCAGGUCUCCAACUUGUCAAUCUUGGAAACAACCGUUUUAAUGGAAGCAUUCCAGCACACUUAUGCGAGAAGCUUAGUAUAAUAAUACUGGAUUUGUCCAAUAAUAACUUCUCUGGAUUUCUUCCCAUGUGCUUAGGAAGGUUGAUUCAAUUACGGGCGAUCGAUCUUACAAAUAACACUAUAACGGGAGAUAUUCCAAGCUCAUUAGGUUCUUUAUCACAACUCCGGUCUUUGCAUUUGCACAACAACAAAUUUCAGGGCAAUAUCACAGUGGCUUUACAUAACUUGAUAGACUUAGAAACCCUUGAUUUAGGGAGCAAUUUGUUGACAUGUAAUAUCCCUCCUUGGAUUGGAAAAAGCCUAUCGAAGCUUAGAAUUUUGAAUCUCCAAUCAAAUAAGUUAACGGGUAAGAUUCCAACCGAACUUUGUCAAAUCAAUCAUCUUCAGCAUUUAAACCUGGCAAAUAAUAGCAUAACAGGAAAUAUUCCUCAUUGCUUUGGUAAUUUAACGGGUAUGAUCACGAGUGACUUCAACUUCACAUAUAAUGGCUUUGGAUAUGAAGAAAAUGUCGAGGCAUACAUAAAGGGCCUUCAAUUAAAGUAUACCAAGACAACUAGGUUUCUUGUAUCCUUAGACCUCUCGAACAACAAAAUUGAUGGAGAAAUUCCUGAUGUAUUGAUGAAUCUUAUAUCACUGAAAUGUUUAAAUCUUUCAAGAAACCUGUUAAGUGGACACAUUCCAAAAAGUAUUGGAAAUAUAAAGUCAAUGGAAUCUUUAGAUUUGUCGAACAACAAGUUGUCAGGUCAAAUUCCUCCAAGUAUGGGAAACUUGAUAUUUCUAAGCUACUUGAACCUAUCAUUCAAUAAACUAUUUGGUCCAAUACCAGUUGGAAAUCAGUUUAAUACUUUUAAUGAUCCUACAAUGUAUGAAGGGAACAACGGACUAUGUGGAAAACCAUUGCCAAGAAAUUGCAAAGAAAGCAAUUUAUUAUACACUCAUGUUGGUGAUGGUGAAAGUAAAGAUAGUCUACAUGGUUUGUCAUGGUUUUAUACCGGUUUGGUCUCGGUUUCGUUAUUGGAUUUAUGGGACUUAUUGGUAGCUUGCACUUUAUUAGGAUUUGGAGGAUAA